AUGUCGAGCCAGAAUAUCUCGGAGUACGAGAAAGACGUCAUAGAGAACCGUCCCGACGGUGAAAAGACUUUUGAACAGACGUCGUUUCCGGAACUCAAACAAGUCGCCAGCAAUGCCCUGAGCAGGAUCACCUCACACCUCAGCACGCGAGAUAUCGUCGAUCCCGGGCCCCCGCCAGAUGGAGGCCUCAAAGCAUGGACCCAAGUUGCGAUGGGGUGGAUUGUCUGCUUUUGUACCUGGGGGUACAUCAACUCGUUUGGUGUCUUUCAGACUUACUACACCGACACGCUGGGUGGAUCUCAGUCAACCAUCUCUUGGGUCGGCUCCGUUCAGCUGUGGAUCGUCUUCUUCGUGAGCGCCUUCUCCGGCCGGGCGCUGGAUGCCGGGUUAUUCAUCCCGACGUUGCUUAUCGGAUCGAUCGUGCAAGUUAUCGGCAUCUUUAUGACGAGUCUGUGCAAGAACUUCUGGCAGCUUGUGCUGGCCCAGGGCCUCUGUACCGGCCUGGGGAGUGGGAUCUUCUUCUGCCCAACCAUAGGACUCGUGACGACAUAUUUCAGGAGGAAUCGCGGCGUUGCUGUCGCCAUCGUAUCGACCGGCAACUCGGUGGGUGGUGCCGUGUAUCCCGUGAUUGUGCGUCAGCUUCUUCCCAAAAUUGGAUAUGCAUGGACGGUGCGCGUGCUCGGCUUCAUGAAUCUGGGGUUGCUUUCGUUGGCGCUGGCAUGCAUGCGGCCGAGAUUGCCUCCUCGAAAAUCCGGACCGAUUGUCGAAUGGGGUGCCUUCCGAGAAGUGCCGUACGUCUGUGUUCUAGUGGGCAUGUCGUUCGUCUUCGGGGGGCUGUUCUUCUCGUACUAUUACAUCGCCUCCUUUGGCCGGACGGUCUUGGACAUGAGUUACAAAGAUUCACUCACCCUGCUCAUCAUCUUCAACGGAGCAGCCGUACCCGUUCGACUGAUCACGGGCUUCAUUGCAGAUCGGUUCAUGGGUCCGUUGAACGCCAUGGUGCCGCUCCUUUUCAUCAACGCGCUUUUCGCCUUUACCUGGAUUGCAGUCAAGUCGGAGACAGGCAUGUACGCGUUUGCCACGUUCUAUGGAUUUUCAGCAGGAGCCUUUCAGUGUCUCUUUCCAACCACGGUGACAAGUUUGAACAACGAUUUGAGUAAGAAUGGGGUCAGGAUGGGAAUGGCUUUCUCCAUCUUCAGUUUUGCCGGGCUUGCCGGACCUCCCAUCGGAGGGGCGCUGUUGUCGACGAACGGAGGCGGACGAGGCGGGUAUCUGGUGGCACAGAUAUGCCUCGGAGUACUUACCGGAGUGGGCGCUUGCUUGAUGUAUGCCGCCCGCGUGUACAAAGUUGGAUGGAGUUGGACGAUCAAAUGUUAA